AACCCAGCAACUGCCUUGCCUUGCCUUCUUCAUCUUCAUCAAUCAAUUUUUCAUCACAAUCAAACAACAAAAUCCAAAAAACAAAAAGUUUUUUAAUUUUUUGCACCUGGAUUCGCAAGGAACCCAAGCGUGCUGGGUUUGUAGGAACCCAGACGCGAAUCCAGGACGCUUGGGUUCCUUGUGAACCCAAGCGCUGGGUUCGCAAGAAGCUGAACCCAAGCGUGUUGGGUUCCACUGAACCCAGGCAUGCUGGGUUCGAGGAAGUUUUAUAGUUCACGGGCACUAGGAGGGCACCAAAAUGCUCAUAAGCUUGAGCGAACUCUAGCCCAGAAUAGCAAAGAACUAGGCUUAGCAGUCCAAGCUCAUGGAGGACGGUCAAGUGGCUCAAGCAGAAGAUUUGAUGGUGGAAUGAGUAACAUCCAGAGAGAAAACAACUAUGCUUCUUGGUCCAACUCCAAGGAUUACAUGCCAGGAAAUGUUCAGGAAGAGUUCAAUCAACUUGACCUGUCUUUGAGGCUUUAAAGUGUUCUCUUUAACUCUUCCAAGAGGUCUCGAGCUCAAACAUCAGAAAUAUAAUGGGAAAAACUUAUUCAAUAUGACAUCAAAGAACUUUGAGGCGUUGUAUUGAUUUUGUUAUAUGUUAUUCUUGUAUUUUUGAAGGGUUGUCUAUGUAGAGUACAGUAAAUAGAUGUAAACUGU